UUACCCAGAUGUUAGUCACUAACGUCCUUCCGUUCUCUCGUCUCUCUUCCCCCACCCUUCCCUUUCCUUCUCCCCUCUCCCAGUGCCCCCACUCCCAGCUCCCGCCCCAAGCCGACCACCAGACCCCUUCCCCUGCUGCCGGAGCCUGAACCGAGCCCGGCUGGCUGUGCUGCGCGGUGCCGCCGGGAAAGAUGGUCGUGGCGCUGCGGUACGUGUGGCCUCUCCUCCUCUGCAGCCCCUGCCUGCUUAUCCAGAUCCCCGAGGAAUUGAUGGAGCCACCUGUCAUCACAGAACAGUCUCCACGGCGCCUGGUUGUCUUCCCCACAGAUGACAUCAGCCUCAAGUGUGAGGCCAGUGGCAAGCCUGAAGUGCAGUUCCGCUGGACGAGGGAUGGUGUCCACUUCAAACCCAAGGAAGAGCUGGGUGUGACUGUGUACCAGUCGCCCCACUCUGGCUCCUUCACCAUCACAGGCAACAACAGCAACUUUGCCCAGAGGUUCCAGGGCAUCUACCGCUGCUUUGCCAGCAAUAAGCUGGGCACCGCCAUGUCCCAUGAGAUCCGACUCAUGGCCGAGGGUGCCCCCAAGUGGCCAAAGGAGACAGUGAAGCCCGUGGAGGUGGAGGAAGGGGAGUCAGUUGUUCUGCCUUGCCACCCUCCCCCAAGUGCAGAGCCUCUCCGGAUAUACUGGAUGAACAGCAAGAUCUUGCACAUCAAGCAGGAUGAGCGGGUGACGAUGGGCCAGAACGGCAACCUCUACUUUGCCAAUGUGCUCACCUCUGACAAUCACUCAGACUACAUCUGCCACGCCCACUUCCCAGGCACCAGGACUAUCAUUCAGAAGGAGCCCAUUGACCUCCGGGUCAAGGCCACCAACAGCAUGAUUGACAGGAAGCCGCGCCUGCUCUUCCCCACCAACUCCAGCAGCCACCUGGUGGCCUUGCAGGGGCAGCCAUUGGUCCUAGAGUGCAUCGCCGAGGGCUUUCCCACGCCCACCAUCAAAUGGCUGCGCCCCAGCGGCCCCAUGCCAGCCGACCGUGUCACCUACCAGAACCACAACAAGACCCUGCAGCUGCUGAAAGUGGGCGAGGAGGAUGAUGGCGAGUACCGCUGCCUGGCUGAGAACUCACUGGGCAGUGCCCGGCACGCCUACUAUGUCACUGUGGAGGCUGCCCCGUACUGGCUGCACAAGCCCCAGAACCAUCUAUAUGGGCCAGGAGAGACUGCCCGCCUGGACUGUCAAGUCCAGGGCAGGCCCCAACCAGAGGUCACCUGGAGAAUCAACGGGAUCCCUGUGGAGGAGUUGGCCAAGGACCAGAAGUACCGGAUUCAGCGUGGUGCCCUGAUCCUGAGCAACGUGCAGCCCAGUGACACAAUGGUGACCCAAUGUGAGGCUCGCAACCGGCAUGGGCUCCUGCUGGCCAAUGCCUACAUCCAUGUUGUCCAGCUGCCGGCCAAGAUCCUGACUGCGGACAAUCAGACGUACAUGGCCGUCCAAGGCAGCACCGCCUACCUUCUCUGCAAGGCCUUUGGAGCGCCUGUGCCCAGCGUUCAGUGGCUGGACGAGGAUGGGACAACAGUGCUUCAGGAUGAACGCUUCUUCCCCUAUGCCAACGGGACUCUGGGCAUUCGAGACCUCCAGGCCAAUGACACUGGACGCUACUUCUGCCUGGCUGCCAAUGACCAAAACAAUGUGACCAUUGUGGCUAACUUGAAGGUUAAAGAUGCAACUCAGAUCACGCAGGGACCCCGCAGCACAAUCGAGAAGAAAGGUUCCAGGGUGACCUUCACGUGCCAGGCCUCCUUUGACCCCUCCUUGCAGCCCAGCAUCACCUGGCGUGGGGACGGCCGAGACCUCCAGGAGCUUGGGGACAGUGACAAGUACUUCAUAGAGGAUGGGCGCCUGGUCAUCCACAGCCUGGACUACAGCGACCAGGGCAACUACAGCUGCGUGGCCAGCACUGAGCUGGAUGUUGUGGAGAGUAGGGCACAGCUCUUGGUGGUGGGGAGCCCCGGGCCAGUGCCACGGCUGGUGCUGUCCGAUCUGGACCUGCUGACGCAGAGCCAGGUGCGCGUGUCCUGGAGUCCUGCAGAAGACCACAACGCCCCCAUUGAGAAAUAUGACAUUGAAUUUGAGGACAAGGAAAUGGCGCCUGAAAAAUGGUACAGUCUGGGCAAGGUUCCAGGAAACCAGACCUCUACCACCCUCAAGCUGUCGCCCUAUGUCCACUACACCUUUAGGGUUACUGCCAUCAACAAAUACGGCCCCGGGGAGCCCAGCCCCGUCUCUGAGACUGUGGUCACACCUGAGGCAGCCCCGGAGAAGAACCCUGUAGAUGUGAAGGGGGAAGGAAAUGAGACCACCAAUAUGGUCAUCACAUGGAAGCCGCUCCGGUGGAUGGACUGGAACGCCCCCCAGGUUCAGUACCGCGUGCAGUGGCGCCCUCAGGGCACACGAGGGCCCUGGCAGGAGCAGAUUGUCAGCGACCCCUUCCUGGUGGUGUCCAACACGUCCACCUUUGUGCCCUAUGAGAUCAAAGUCCAGGCUGUCAACAGCCAGGGCAAGGGACCAGAGCCCCAGGUCACCAUCGGCUACUCCGGAGAGGACUGUGAGUAUCUGGCAGGCUCCUUCGCCCAGGGUGGAGCUCGCCUGCUUCCACCCCAGCCCAUGUCCACCCCUCUCAGCGCUGGUGUGCGCCUUUCCUAA